AUGUCUGGAACAUCGGCGGGCGCUAGUUUGACGCUUGCAGUUGGCUUGUGCUUCACGACACGUGCACUGCCACAACCAGACCAGGGCCAGUUGGGCCUUAGCGCGUUGAAGGUGAGGCAUAUUGCCCACUUUCGCCCUUUUUUCGCUGUUUUCAAUAUGGGCUGCUGUGGGGAGUCAGUCAUAUCAGCUAGCGCUCCUGACACCCAGUAUGCCAACAGGGUGCAACCUGUGAACAGUGGUAUCAUUAGCCAGCAGCCUGGUCCUCAUCCAAGCGCUCAACAUCACGGACGGCCAUUCGUAGAAAAAUCACCACUACUCAUCCCUCCUGGACCUUCUCCACCUCCACCAAGCUUUCACCAGAACAACCGGUCGAUAAAUGGCAGCUCUUGGAACCACACACCAUCACCACCCCCGCAAGGCCCGACCUACUCGGCUCCUUUGAGUCCAAACCCUGGCGGUGCACCAUUGAUGCUACCCCCAGCUACGUACAUUCCUCCAGGAGCGUCCAAUUCUGCUAUGUUCCUUCCACCUCUCUUGCACCCUGACCCCGUCCAUCUUCCGCCAAAUAACAGCAAUGUCGCACCCUCCGUAUCCACUGCAAUAGCUCCAGGAAGGAUUGAUCCGGCACCUUCAGACGAGGGGAAAAUGUCCAUCUCUAUUGACUUCGGAACUACCUUUUCUGGUGUCGCAUACGCCUCGUCUCGAAUUGCGUCCGGGAAGAUACAGCAAAUCCUGCAUUGGCCUGGAUCUUUUGAAACUUUCCGCAAGGUGCCUACGUGCUUGCUAUAUGAUGAGCAUGGUCAAGUUCUUGCUUGGGGACUGGAAGCGAAGAACGCCAGCUCCAUGCCCGGUACUACGCGUUGCGAAUGGUUCAAGCUGUUUCUCGAACCACGUGCUCUUCGUGAUGAAAGUGCGAUUGACCCUCGACUACCCCAAUUACCUCAUGGUAAAACAGCAAUGGAUCUCAUCAUCGACUUCUUAUCGUGUCUGUGGGAAUACGCUAAAGAGCAAAUUACCCGUGACAUUGGAGCUGUCGCCGAUCUCAACUCGGCUGAUGUACUUGUGACGUGCCCGGCAGCUUGGGACGCUAAAGGAUGCGAUAUGAUGCGCGAAGCUGCCAUCGCCGCAGGCCUCGUGCAGUCGGCUCAUGCAGGUGAUGGUCACUGGCGCGACAGGCUGCGUAUCAUCACCGAACCAGAGGCUGCUGCUGUCCACUGCGCCCGGCUUACGGACCUGCAUAAGCUCAAGCCUAACCAGAAUUUCAUGAUAUGUGACGCUGGUGGUGGAACAGUCGAUCUUGCCGUCUACAAAAUCAUUGGGCAAAUGGCCAACCUCGAGAUUGCGGAGAUGUGCGCUCGAUCUGGAGCCAAUUGUGGUUCCCUUUUCCUCGAUUUGCGAUUCCGAGAGCUCGUAAACACUCUUUUAGCCGAUCACCCUGCUCAUUUGGACGCCGCUAGCCUCGCCUAUUUCAUGCAUUCCUUCAGCCAGACCGAUAAGCUCGCAUUUAGGGGCGAGAGCGACGAUGACACAUACUUCAACUUCACAUGUUUCAAUGUAGAAGAUCCCCAUGAUUCUUCUGUUGGAUUGAUCAAUGGAGAACUCGCGAUUCCAGGGAACCUCAUUCGCCGAGAAGUCUUUGAUCCUGUUGUGAAUCAGGUACUCGAAAUGAUCGAGGAACAGUCGAAGAAGGUAGAGCAGCGCAUCGACGCCCUGCUUCUCGUGGGAGGGUUCGCUGGCAGCGAAUAUCUAGUUAGACGAGUUGAGGCGCAGUUUUCGGGGAGAAUCAAGGUCAUCGCUCGCCCUUCUGACGCCGACACGGCUACAGUGCGAGGUGCCGCACUGUACGGACUUGCUCGCAAAUCAAUCGUGUCAACUGUGAUCGCUCCACGGUCCUACAUCAUGAAAGUCAAAUUGCCUGCCGAGCCAGAGGACUGGGCCAAACGCCCUGCAUACAUCAAGGAGAACAAUGCCAACAUCCCUAUUUGUGACAACCGUUUACAAUACUUGGUCAUGAAGGGCGCUAUCCUGCGAAAAGGCCAAGUGUUGAGGACGAAAUUUUGCAAAUUCUCACAGGAUGGACAGGAUUGUAUAUUCGUAGCCGUGCUGUAUACUUCCGACUCGGACAAGAUGAUGAGAUAUACUGAUGAAGGCGAAACGACGGAGCUCUGUAAAUGGACUGUUAAUCUGAAUUCUCUGCCCACGUUCCAGCAGAAUGCCAGCAUACCGCAGCCAAAUGGCUUCUUCACAGGCUUGUGGUUGUAG